AUGGCAACAAAUAAUGUAGAUAAGAUGUCUCGUUCGUCUUCUUGGCAUCGUCAAUCUUCUCAAAAUUUAUCAUCAAAUGAAAUAUGUUGGCUUUUUUAUCUUCCAUCUGAAAUUCUUGAAAUUAUUACUGAUUUUUUAAGUGUAAAAGAUAUAAAUUCAUUAUCUCAAACUUGUCAAACAUUUUAUACAUUUCUUAAUGAUAAUGAUUUUUGGACAUAUCGUAUAUAUCGUUACUUUCCACAAUCUAUUGCACAACGUUAUACAAUUGAUCUAUUUAAAAAACCUACCAUAAUUCAAACAUAUAAUGAAAUAUGUUCAACAGGUUUUAUUAAUGUUCGAACAAAUUCUGAAUUUGAUAUUCUUGCUAUUAAUUCAGCUACUCAUUAUAAUGAUGAAGCAAUCGAAAAAUCUCAUACAAAAAUGUAUGUAUCAAAAGAAGAUUUUUUAAAUCAAGUAGAAUUUUAUCAAUAUAAAAAACCAAAUAAUUAUUUGAAAAUUUCAUUUAUGAAAUUAAUUUAUUUUUAUUUAAUUGAUCGUAAACGAUAUGCAGCUGUUGAUAUGGAUGUUGUUCAUCGUAAUGAACAUUAUCUUGUCGAAAAAGAUGAUAUUGAUAGUUUAACUGGUCGUAUUAUUCAUUUACAAAGUGUUUGUUGGCUUGAACUAACUGGUCGUUUUGAACAUAAAAUUAUGCCAGGAAAAUAUGAAGUUAGUUGGCGAAUGAAAGGUGAUCUACACGGUAUUAGAAUAUCAGGUGAAACAGAAUUUAUUGUUGUACCACAACAUGGAAAAUUAUUAAAUUAUAAAAUAUCUGAAGAUGAUUUUAAUAAUCUAGUACUUGAACAUGAAAAUCAUUGGUUUAUAGUCAAAAUGGGUCAAAUUAUUAUCUAUGAACCAUCAAUUAUUUUAGUGGCAAUACGAAAUUGGAAUAAUCCUGAUUGGAAACAUGGUCUUUCAUGGGACUGUAUUGAAUUAACAAUAGUACCAUAA